AUGUAUAUUAUUUUAAGGUUAUAUUUUAUAAUCAUAUACCUUGAUUUCAUAGUUAAAGUGUAUUGCGAUUAUUAUUCACUGCUAGGUGUUAAAAGGAAUGCAACUGAGAGAGAUAUAGAAAAGGCCUUUAGGAAAAAGGCCAAAAAGUUACAUCCGGACGUUAACCCUGGUAAAGAAGAGGAGUUUGCUAAAAUUUCGAACGCUUACGAGACACUGAAGGAUCCUUCCAAGAGAAAGAUCUACGAUCAAUACGGAGAAGAUGGACUUAAAUCCGAUGGGCCACAGGCACGCCCGUACACUCACUAUUAUGGAGACGGACCUCAAACAUUUUUUACAUUUGAAGGAUUUGAUUUCGAUGAUGUAUUUUCACAAUUUAGCUUUGGAGGAGGCCAGGGCAGAAAUCAGGGUGAUCGUGGUCCUAGGACCCAAGUCACAUUCGAAGAUACAAUAGUGGAAGAAAUGACACCAAAGGAGUAUAAUGAUUCUAUUAAAAAUGUGCGGGUGUUGAAUUUGUAUUAUUUUUACUCUGCAAAUAACCGUACCUGUAGCAAUAUACACAGAGGCUUUAUUGAAACCGUCACUAAGUUCAAAGGAGCAAUAAAAAUAUAUCGAAUAAAUUGUGAAAAAUACAACAACUUUUGUCAAAAAAAUACGAAAUCGAUCCCUCAGAUUAUCGCAUAUAAAACAAACUCUUCAAACCCGUUCGUAUUUGACAAGGAAGAUUACACAAUGAAACUUGAGAUUUGGCUAAAUAAAAUAAUGCCAUCAGAGCUGGUUGAAAUAAAAGAUUUAAAGCACCUGCAAACAUUUAUAGAAAACCAGACAAUGAGUCACGUCGUGUGUAUAGUUAAGAAGUCGCUCUUUUUGACUAUACUUAAAUCAUUGUCAGUGUACGUAAAGUCAAAAGUAAAGAUCGGGUUUGUAAGAGCCAGCAAUAGAGAGCUGGUAAAUCAUUUUAAACGGAACAGAACAGAAGGAGCUAAAUUGUAUUACUUACAAGAUUUUGAUACAAUGGAAGGGAAAUCAAUUGAGUUGACACUCGAUAAUUUCUCAGACGUCCUUUUGUGGUUAAACUUGAGGCAGAACGAGUUUAAAAAGAUGAAUGUUGGUAUAUAUAAAGAGUUGACAAGCAGGCUUCUGGAAGCAGGAGAAUGUGGUCCGAAGGACAAUCAGUUUUGUUUCAUAUUUAUCAAAUAUGGAAACAGAGUUGAAUACACACUACACAGAGAGUUAUCGAAUAUUUCAAAAAGAUACUCACAAGACUCAGUAAAAAUAAGAUACAUUAAUGCCACUAAUCAGCAUAAGUUUGUCUCUGCUUUUGGACUAUCGUCAAGGUGCCCAGCAUCGGAAGUUUGCUCUAAGCUCGUAGCAUAUAGAGGUAAAAGAGGAAAGUUCAAGAUCAUGGAAAUGAGUCUCACGCAGCAAAAUGUACAAAAGUUCAUUGAUGAUGUCAUCACGAAUCUGGUCACACUCAACAGACCACUACUACACGAUUUAAAAAUCAUCGACUACUCUGAUGAAUUUUAA